GGAAUUUUGACAGAAUGGAAUGACUAAACAGACAGUCUAUUCCUAAAAGAAGCAACUAAAUCUAAUUUGAUAUUUUUUUAUAGUGUUGUUUGAUUCCACGAUGACUUUUAAAAUUUUAGCUACCUAGCUAUAUCAUGGGUCAAUACAAUACAAGAAACAAGGAAGAAGGACUCAAAUCUAAUGAUCCAAUUAGAGACCUCCCCCUGGAACUCAGUCUUGCUGUGCUCUCUCAUUUGGAUGCAACAGAUUUGUGCCUCGCAGGCUGUGUUUGGAAUGACUUGGCCCACGAUGAAAUGUUGUGGAUGGGGCUGUGCAAAAAUUGGGGUUACCACCAAUCACCAAAGAAAAUACAAUCAUACCGAAAACUAUAUCUUACCCUUGAUGAAGGGUGUUUGACAUUUUGUGCAGAUGCAGAAAAGGGAAUGGAGUACUUUUUCAAUAAUGGAUUAAUAAAGGAUGACCCUAAAGAUAUUGCAAAUUUCUUUCACUGCACAAAUAAACUUAGUUCUCAACAAAUGUCUCAUUAUCUAGACAAAAGGGGAGAUGUACUUGAUCAUUUAAUUGGUUUACAAAACUUCAAAGGCGAAUCUCUGCCGAAUGCUCUUCGUACUGUUCUUUCCCGAACAUUGGCGGGAGAUAAUCAUGGAAAUUAUUUACACGUUCUUCUUGACAAAUUUUCCCGUCGUUUUUUUGAAUGCAAUCCAAAUUUGAAUUUGACACCGGACACCAUCUAUAUCGUCAGUUUUUCCUUGAUAAUUCUUUCCGUGGAUCUUUCCAGCCCUCACAUAAAAAAUAAAAUGUCAAAGCGCGAAUUUAUUCGGAACGUGCGAAGAGCAGUUGGUCACAGGAUAGACGACGAUUGGUGUGGACAUUUAUACGAUGACGUUUAUCUGUCUGGACACAUUGCAUCGAGUAGAGGGCGAUGCAAACAAUAUUUGCCGAACAGAACACCACUGAACUACGUGAAUGCAGGAUAGCAAGUAGGGUAGUAGUUACCAUUACGCUAGUAAUCCCAACGUAAUAUCUAUUUAAAUAACACGUUGUAAAAAAUUUAAUACAGAUCAUUAUAGAAGAAAAUAAACAAUCAUUUUAUUCAAAUCA